AUGGAGUGGGACUGUAUUGGCGGUAACCGUCUUAACGGUUUUACCCUGUUUGUGGGAAACUCCUCCCGGAAUUACAGAGUGUGUUACCAGGACGCCACCACAAACAGCAGUGGUCCAGGGGACAUUAUUGAUGGAGUUUGUAACGCCAGCAGCCCGAUAUUAGGGGACACCGUGAAGAUUAUGAUCAACAAUUCCUGGCCACUCACCAUGUGUGAAGUACAGAUAUUCGUGUGCACACCCGGGACAUACGGACCAGACUGUGGGGAGAGAUGUGGGAACUGUGCUGAGAGACCGUCUGUCUGUGACAUAAUAUCCGGGCUCUGUCCACAGAGAACACCAAGGUGCAUGCUGGGAUACCGCCCUGAAAAAUGUGAUGAAGUGUGCACACCCGGGACAUACGGACCAGACUGUGGGGAGAGAUGUGGGAACUGUGGUGAGGGACCGUCUGUCUGUGACAUAAUAUCCGGGCACUGUCCACAGAGAACACCAAGGUGCAUGCCGGGAUACCGCACUGAGAAAUGUGAUGAAGAAGCAAAAGCGUCUGCAGAAGGUGGUGUUAACCCUGCGUACAUAGGCGGUGGUGUGGCUGCAGCUGUUGUUUUAAUCAUCAUAGUGGCAGUUGUUGUCAUUAUCCUAUUUAGGAGACGGCGUAAAGCGCACUGUAAAUAUGAUGACCGGGAAGAAAUAGAAGUGGACAGGCAGCCACAGAAUAACAUAGCGUUUCAGGAAGACAGCGACGAUCAGGAAGACGACCCACAGGGUGACGUUAAUCCAUACGUUAACGCAGACGUCGUCCCGACCGAAGUGUCUGUCAGCGAAUUCCCAGACUACGGUGCGAGGAAGAAAGCAGCGAAAGGCUUCAAGAAAGAAUUCGAAAAAUUCCCCACUGGUUUGCACGCGAAGCAUGACGCGGCUGACAAACCCGAGAAUAAAGCGAAAAGCCGCUAUCGAAGCCUCGUGGCAUACGACCAUUCCAGGGUGUUGUUAUCUGUGACAGACGGCCAGGCUACUGACUACAUCAAUGCCUGCUACAUAAAUGGUUACAACGAACCGAAGAAAUACAUCGCAUCUCAAGGUCCUAAUGACGUCAUCCUUCACGAUUUUCUGCGCAUUGUCUGGGAACAGAAGUCUGGAAAGAUUAUCAUGGUGACCAACUUAAUGGAGACAACAAAGACCAAGUGCUGCCAAUACUGGCCUGACGAAGGAUCGGAGAGUUUUGGCCUGAUUACUGUGACACUACUGAAUGAGGAGUUUUACGGGGAGUUUACCGUGAGAACUCUGCUACUGACUCACAACCAGACAAAGACAGAAAGCUACACAGUCAAGCAGUUCCACUUUACGGCCUGGCCUGAUCACGGAGCCCCUGCUCAACCUACUGGGUUACUGGAUUUUCGGGACAAAGUUAACGCUUAUCAGACGCAGCUUAACGGACCAAUCGUCGUGCACUGCAGCGCUGGUGUGGGUCGCACGGGAACAUACAUAGCUCUGGAUUAUCUGAUCUCCCAGGCUCAAGACGAGGGGGUGGUGGAUGUGCCGGCCUGUGUGAGACAGCUCCGGGAACAGCGAGUUAACAUGGUCCAGGCAUUGGAGCAAUACAUAUUCCUUCACGAAGCCCUCGCCGAGGCUUUUGUUCUUGGGAGUAGCUAUAUUGGCGAGGCGGAAUUCCACUGUGUCUUUGCCGAGCUGUGUGCUCCUGACCCAGAGACCGGCAUGACCAAGAUGGCAGAACAGUUCCAGUGUCUACAGCGGCUGACAUCUCCUCUGACUGAAGGCGUGCUUACCACAGCCCGUCAUCCAGACAAUGUCAUCAAAAACAGAUCAAGCCGAAUCUUGGCAGCGGACAUAUGCAGACCGUACCUGUCCACGCCGGUACCUGAAGGCAACAACUACAUCAAUGCCGUGUUCUUACCAGCGUUCAGAUCGAAGAAGGGUUUCAUUGUCACCCAGACUCCUCUACCCAACACAGUCCUGGAUUUCUGGCGCCUGGUGUAUGACCACGGCAUAAGUGUUAUCGUCAUGAUAGACGUUGUCAAGCCACGUGAUACGGAUGUUGGAGUAUACUGGCCAAAAGAAGAGACUCAGUUCGACCCCUUUGUUGUGAAAAUUCAGGGCAAACAGGAGCGCGAGGGCUUCUCCGUAUGGACCUACCAUUUGGCUCACAAGGAGACCAAUGCAGCGCAUCAUAUCAAGCAGUUCCGAUGUAAGUUCUGGCCAGGUGUAAAUGUACCAGACCCCUCCUCGAUACCAUCUCUACUGGCCAUCAUAAACGAAGCGACCAAAUGGCAACAGAAAACGGGCAACGAACCUGUUCUGGUGCAUUGUAGAGACGGUGUGACGAAAUGCGGUGUGUUCUGUGUGGCUGCGUCGGUGAUUGAGAGACUGAAGGUGGACCAGCAAGUGAACAUCGUCCACACGGUGAAACAGAUGAGGGCCAAUAGACCGGAGGUCAUCACUGACCUGGAGCAGUUCCAUUUCGUACACCAAGUGGCCAAGGUGUAUCUGGAGACAGCGCACACAUAUGAGAACCUGGAGUGAACAUCUUGUCAUUCCCGGUCUGCCUGAAAUAUGGACUGUAACUUAUGACUCCGGCUUAAACGGCUCAUUCGUCACUUUUACGAUUUGGUCUUGUGAUAAUCCUCAAGCUAACUUUAUCCCAUGCACUACUUUAAGCUCAAAUACAGCUGUUAUUUUGGGGAAUUAUUCGAUUUAUUGGUAGAGAGCAGUUGUAGCGGUAAUUGCCAUUUAGCUAUCUAGACAAUAUGCUGGCACUAAAUUAAUAAGUUAUUAUUAUUAAACGCUGUUCUUUUUGCAGCAUUUGUUACUUUUGGAUUAAAACUGUAUUAAUUUGGCAUUCUUGUCUUGUUAAUUGAAAAAUAAAUUAAAAUGGGCCAUCACUGCAAUCUUUAAAUAGAGAAUGCUUUGGGCUACACGCGUACAUGCACAUGAAAUGACUGAAAUAUCAGAAUGUCAGAGAACUACAGUGUCUUCUGGGAUUAAUAAUGCUUGGAUUGCCACAAAAGCUAACUUCUUACAAAAUUAACGAUAAACUGUUACUGUGAAUAAUUUUGCAAUAUUGUGAAUUUUUUGUGAUUUUCGCACUAAGCUUACUACUUGACACUAGCGGUAAGUGUUUCCACUUUCUUGUACAUAACGUCAACAGUAUAGCUUUUAUGCUCACUGUACGAGUACAUGUACAUAAAAUAACAUUUAACUGUAGUGAGAACUGUUUUUGCAAUAGUAUGCAAAAUUAAACACGGUUUUUUAUA